AUGCCUUCACUUACAUCUCGUCUCUUUGGCAACGAUAAAUCCUCGACCACCACUUGUUCUUGUGGUUGUCAUCCUAACUACCAUCAUAAUCCUAUCACGACGUUCAGUCCUCCCAAAUGGUUCCCACUCAUCCGUCGUCGAUCAUCCGCUUCCUCCACCUCCAGCGCCGAAGUGUCCAUGCAUGACAAAGAAUCACUUUACGAUGAACUGCGGAAUCUGUUUCGAUUAGCAGAAGAUGAGAUGGCUUAUGCGAUAGAAUCACAAGGUUCAAUUUAUUACAAUGGCGAUCUUUGCUCGGCAAGGGAAGCCGUCAGUUCAUGCUUGAGCCAAUAUCACCGUCUACACGAUCGGCUCAACAAAGUCGACAGCCUUGAACUCGAUUCUCAGUGGGCUGAUACCCUGGUCCAAUUACGCAUGCGCCUCGAUGCCUUGCCACUCGCUUAA